GCGAUUUACGCACGCCUAGUUCGCGCUGCCGGCUGUUCCAAUUCACGCUGUUCGCGAUUUAUUGACGGAUUCUUGAACGAGCAUGAAUUGUUGUUUAGAUUGUGAUUACUUUAUAUUGUUCAGCGAACGAAUCUGCACGGAAUGUCAUACAAGUCGCACCGAGCACCGCGGUUCGUCGUCGUUUCGCAGCGUCGAGAAUUCGAAUAACCUUUCGAAUACCGUGCGCACGCGCGUUUGAUAGCUCGCGAUGAUAGCUCGUUGUCGUGACGACUGAUGUAAAUAAGAGCACGCCAUUUUCCCCGGCUUGCUAGCUAGUAAGAGGUUAGAUUGUCUAAAUGUACAGGUUAAGUCGGUCACAACAGUUGACAAAAAGGAAAGAUGCUGAAGAUAUUGUCACUUCAGGACUUUGAUUGUCCUGCUUUUGUCGGCGAUACGACCGCUGUUGGUUUGAUUGAGAGUGCUGUGCAUUACUGCACUUAUGACAAUCUACAGGAUGAGAUUCAACCAUUUGCCAGGUACUUGCGUACGUAUCCUGAGGUUUCCAUCACACCAGACAUUCUGGCUACUCGUGAUUCUUCACGCACGGUUAGUGCAGGAGAAUUAUUUCUACCUGUUCACGACAGUAUUUUCAAGAAGAUUGCUAAUGUUUGGAGAGAGAAAGGAUGGUCAGAAGCCAUUCGCUUUACUGCGGCUACAAACCCACAGCAGGUCACAAAAGUUGUAUAUUGGAUAGCAACGAGAUUAAACUGGAUGUUGGACUUGAUGGAAAGAGGAAUAUAUCAGAGAGAUGUGUUACCCACAUCAGGAACUGGAUCUGUCGCUGAUAUUGUCGCUACGCGGGAUUGGAAUACUUCACUGGUAAGAUGUCUGUCUUGGCAUCCGCAUUGUUCUCGACUGGCUGUAGCUACGAGGGACGAUCGAAUUCGCAUUUUUUCACACGGUAUAUUAGGCGUACCGAUAUUGAGACACAGUGCACAGAAGUCAGUCUGUUGUUUGAGUUGGAGACCACACGCUGGUCGUGAAUUAGCAGCUGCUUGCUACUCUGGGAUAUUAAUUUGGACGAUAGAAUUGGGAGCAGCCAGUAAUUUACUUAGUCAUGCAGUACUUCUAAAGCAAAGAAAUCAUGGGCCUGUUACAAGUGUCAUAUGGCAUCCACAAGGCGAUUUGUUGGCAUCUUGCUCACCAACAGACUCAAAUAUAAUAAUUUGGGAUGUUUCUAAAGAAGAGGGGGUUCCUCUGAAACGUGUCGGUGGAGGUGGCAUAUGUUUUAUACGGUGGUCACCUUGUGGAUCGCGAUUAUUCGCUGCUUCGUGUAGAAAUAUUUUUCGAGUUUGGAAUACUGGCGUGCCCACACAAUGGCGUCCAGAAAGGUGGACUGUACCCCGUGGUCGUGUAGCGGCUGCAUGUUUUGGUCCUAAUUUAACAUUACUCUUCACUACUACCGAAGAUCCUGCUACAAUAUUUUCAUUGCCACUGCAAAGUAACAUAUUUGACGUUAAAAAAGGAACGAACAAUGAUGUAAAGAUAGCUAUGCGUCUAAUCGAUUUGACGAAAGUAAACUUUUCAUCGGAUGAUAAUGAUGACUAUAUCAUAGUGGGAGGCAGAAUAGUUUCUAUGGAAUGGGAUCCAACUGGACGAUAUCUCGCAAUUCUCUUUCAGGACAGUCCCGUAAUUGCACUGAUUAAAACAAACCUGAGUAAUUUAUCGCGGAUAGUGGAUGUUCAGCCAACUUGCCUUAUCAAAGGAUUUCCCGGGGAAGUGCCAAACUGCAUUAACUUUUAUCAAAAGCAUUCAUCGUGGAUUUGUCUGACAAUAGCCUGGAAUAGUGGACGCGUGCAGCAUUUCCCAAUUGUUGAAAGUGAACCUAAAAUUGAUGGCAGUAGAUGUUCCACGUCUAAAGUCAUGAAUAUUAAUGUACCAUAUAACGUUGAUGUCAGCAGUUACGGACAAUAUUAAAUUGUUAUUUUUAUAAUUCCAAUAAUUAAUACGCGUUUCGAUGCGACGUGCGGUCGAUUAGGAAGAUUAAAAAAUCGUGAGAAAUUGGGGGAGGAGCGCGACGAACCGGCGAGGUGAGAAGAUACGUGCAAUAGCGACAGCCUGUAAUCGGAGAAUAAGGAGUGAACGACUUGUCCUCAUGUGGUGCGCGCGUAGAAGCUGUUGUUAAUAAGUGACGCGUGUGUGGCAGCUGGUUUUACAUUUUUUUGCCCCGCACCCCGAUUCUUACGGCUCGAGCGACGAAAGAUCUUCUCGAGCACUCUCCCUCUUUCUCUUUUAUCCUUUCCUGCCUUACUCUUGCUCCCAUUGCAUCUCUCAUCUCUUUUGCUUACAUAGUUUACACUAUAAAACAUUUCGUCAAGAUACUUCGAUGCAACGAAUCACGCAUUAGUUCAACGCUACUAAUAUACGAUUAAAAAUUAUAAUAAAUAUGUAAAUGCAAUAAUUAAAGAGUGCGAAGACGAAAGAGUGCGAUGACGCGCGAUAAGAGAACAAUUCAUGUAUGAAUCAAAUUCAUUGAUGCAAUUAAAAUUUAGAUAAGGCAAUUAAAAGGAAGAGAUGUCGGUUUAUCGAUAUCUAAUAAGUUCAGAUGUA